GCACGUUCGCAUCCCAGGCAAUGUUGAUGAAGACUUUCAUGCCAUUGCUGCCAUUUCCUGCGAUAGUGGUCGAUUUAAUGCAAAAUCCUGCCUGGGGCGAGAGGGUCACUCUUUUCGUCGUGGAUGGAGAAUUCAUGGAUAUAUGUCACGUGCGGUGGUGCAAUUUCGCAUUGAUCACGCCGCCCCUCUUUCCGCCAAAAAAAGAAUUGGGUUGGCACAGAAGGAGUAACUCGGGAUAAAAACCGGAUCGAACAAUAAUAUUUUCUUAGUAGAGCUAAUUGGAUCUGACACGUCAAUACAUCAUGCAGGCUGCUGCUAUAAAAGAGGCCCGUUCCUUUCGUUUCCCCAUACCCAAAGAUAUGCACGACGUUACCCCCAACCCUGACUUUGAGGACGACACAAAAGUACAACAGUACAUUCAGGACAGAAGGGUCGUAGGAUACGAUCCCCUCGUACAACCAGCCUUGCUGCGACACGAAAUAGUCUCGUCUGCACAAGCCAAAAAGACCAUUGCGUCUGCACGUUUCACCGCUGCCAGGAUCCUGGCUGGCUCAGACGAUGGAAUACUUGUCAUCGUCGGGCCGUGUUCAAUCCAUUCUGCUGAACAGGCCCUCCAGUAUGCAACUUUGCUCAAGCAACACAUUCCCAAGUGGAAUAACCUGCACAUUAUCAUGCGGGCCUACUUCGAAAAACCGCGAUCCACGGUGGGCUGGAAAGGCCUGAUCAAUGACCCGGAUAUCGAUGGCACGUUCAAAAUCAACAAAGGCCUGAGAAUCGCAAGGCAGCUUUUGUGCGACCUUACGGAUAUGGGCGUUCCAGUCGGGAGUGAGCUAUUGGAUACGAUCUCACCGCAGUUCAUUGCUGAUCUGAUCUCCUGGGGUGCUAUUGGUGCGCGAACAACGGAAUCUCAACUUCACCGAGAACUUGCUAGUGGUGUUUCCUUUCCCAUCGGAUUCAAGAACGGAACAGAUGGCAGCAUAGGUGUUGCCAUUGAUGCAAUGCAAUCGUCGAGCAAUCCGCAUGCGUUCAUGGGUGUCACUGAGCAGGGUCUCGCUGCCAUCGUCAAAACCAAGGGAAACAAAGACGUGCAUGUUAUUCUUCGUGGUGGGAGUGGGGGGCCUAACUACAAGACGGAGUACGUGAGAAAAGCGGCAGCUGAUAUCGAAAAGAAAAGGAAAACCGUGUUUGCGAGCAUUAUGAUUGACUGUAGUCAUGGGAACUCGCAAAAGAAUCAUAAAAAUCAGCCGAUUGUGCUAGAAGACGUGUGUAGACAGCUGGAGGAAGGAGAGAAAAAUAUCACAGGCGUGAUGAUAGAGAGUAAUAUCAAGGAUGGCCGACAGGAUGUACCUCCCGAGGGACCACACGGUCUGAAGCACGGUGUGAGUAUUACGGAUGCGUGCGUGGAUUGGGAGGCAACGGUGCAGAUGCUGGAUAGGCUGAACGAGGCUACUGGGAAGAGGCGGGAGAAGGUCAUGAAGGAAGCCUUCGGAAGACCACCGGCAUUUGCGAGAGCGACUUAGGUCCGAGUUGAAUAAAUCGCUGUUAGAAUCACGCCUUGACGAUUCGUUUUCCUUGGCGUUCAUGGCUAUAUCUGGACCUGGUUACGGCAAAGGUGGACUCUUUGAUUUACUUGGGUCUAGCCUGUUUCGUUAUUUUCAACAGACCAGUAGGCAUGUGCAGCUGAGCAGUAAAACAAACGUAUCAAGUGACAAAGCAGGUUCAUAGCCGGCAUCUUACGGACCGUUAUCCGAGGAGAUCCCUUCAAUUCACAAUAGCAAAAUCGAUCUCAGUGUGUCUCCUCCCACUCCGUUCUUUUGUUCCUAACAGACGUGAAUAAGAGUUACUGAUGGCGUUGCCAUUAUGUAAAUAACAUAGUCCGCCUCAGAAAAUGCUUUGCGUUCACAAAUCCGAUAUCAUCAAUGC